AUGGGUUCUAAACAAUGUCAAGUCUGCCACAAAGCUCAGUCCAAGUACAAAUGCCCUAAAUGCUAUUUACCUUAUUGCUCACUGGCCUGUUUCAAAAAACACAAAGAACUUCCAUGUGUCAAUCCAACACCUUCAGCACCGAAAACAACUGGUUUGGAAUUACCUGUAGAAAAGCCACCAGUUGUGGAUAAUACUGUUUUGGAAGCAGUUGUAGAAAAACCAUUAGUUGUUGAUAAAAGAGGCCAGGUGUUGGACCAAUUCCAAUUGGAGGCUAUAGCUUCUUCUAGUGAGAUUCGUGAUGCUUUGAAUGAUAAGGCCCUUCAAGAACUAGUUUGCCGUAUUGGUUGUUCCCCAAAUGCUGAGAAUGAACUUGAUAAAGCUAUGGCAGAUGAGGCAUUCCGCUUGUUCACUGACAAGAUUUUAUCAACUAUCAACCCCUAA